AUGUUAUUGUGUUUGUUGGUGAACCGAGAUGAUCGGUUGUGGGUUGUUACUGAAGGAUCUUAUUGCUUCCCUUGCGCCGGAGAACUCGGACCGUGCGUGGCGAGGAGUCCUCAGCUGGAUGGGUUUGCGGCGCUGAUGAGUGAGAGGCUGCUAGGGUUUCCAUUGCAGUUGGGUCAGCGUAAUUCACCGAAUGAGAACAAGAAGUUCUGCACUGAUUGCAAAACCACAAAGACUCCUCUUUGGAGAGGUGGCCCUGCUGGUCCCAAGUCACUUUGCAAUGCAUGUGGGAUCAGGUACAGGAAAAAGAGAAGAGCAAUGAUGGGCUUGAACAAGGGUUUAGAGAAGAAAAGGAAGAAAGAGAUAUCAGAUUUUUCACACAGCAGCUCGAAUACUUACACAAAUGACGAUGGUGAUAAGAAGCUUAUUAAUUACAGCUUCAAUGGACUGAGUAAGACUGUGAAGGUGAGAUUAUAUGCUUUGGGAAGUGAAGUUUUGUUGCAAAGUUCAUCAUCAUUAUCUGGGGUGGUGAAGAAGCAAAGAUGCCAAAGGAGAAGGGAGUUGGGAGAGGUAGAAGAGGCUGCUAUUUCUUUGAUGGCAUUGUCUUGUGGCUCAGUUUUUGCUUGAGCUAUGAAGAA